CGUCCGGGGCACCGCCUUUGAGUAGGGCGGGCGAGGAGGCAACCGAGGCGGAGCUGAUGGCUGCGCUGAGGGCGGGGCGGGGUGCAGGCUGGAGCCUCCGCGGAUUGCGGGCUUUGGGGGGUAUUCUCUGGGGUAAGGGACCCUUGUUGACCCCUGACCUCCGGGCCCUGCUGACGUCAGGCACUCCUGACCUCCAGGCCCGGGUGACUUAUGGGACCCCCGGUCUCCGGGCCCGGUUAUCUGUGGGGGUCCCUCAGUCGCGGGCAUGUCUGACGUCUGGGACCCCGGACCCCCGGGCACGACUGACUGCUGAGACUCCAGAUCCCCGGACCCAGGAGUUCUCGGGGACCCCUGGAACCCGCUUGCGCGUGUGGCUGGCGGUAGCGCUGGGCGCUGGGGGGGCUGUGCUGCUGCUGUUGUGGGGCGGGGGUCGGGGUCCCCCAUCGGUCCUUGCUGCUGUCCCUGCUCCGCCACCCACCUCACCCCGGAGCCAGUACAAUUUCAUCGCAGACGUAGUGGAGAAGACGGCACCUGCCGUGGUCUAUAUCGAGAUCCUGGACCGGCACCCUUUCUCUGGCCGUGAAGUCCCUAUCUCGAACGGCUCAGGAUUUGUGGUAGCCGCUGACGGGCUUAUCGUUACCAAUGCCCAUGUGGUGGCCGAUCGGCGCCGAGUCCGUGUGAGGCUGCCUAGUGGCGACACAUAUGAGGCCAUGGUCACAGCUGUGGAUCCUGUGGCAGACAUUGCCACACUGAGGAUUCAGACCAAGGAGCCUCUCCCCACAUUGCCCCUGGGACGGUCCGCUGAUGUCCGACAAGGGGAGUUUGUUGUUGCCAUGGGAAGUCCGUUUGCACUGCAGAACACGAUCACAUCUGGCAUUGUUAGCUCUGCUCAACGUCCAGCAAGAGACCUGGGACUCCCCCAAACCAAUGUGGAAUACAUUCAAACUGAUGCAGCUAUUGAUUUUGGAAACUCUGGAGGUCCCCUGGUUAACCUGGAUGGGGAGGUGAUUGGAGUGAAUACCAUGAAGGUCACAGCUGGAAUCUCCUUUGCUAUCCCUUCUGAUCGCCUUAGAGAGUUUUUGCAUCGUGGGGAAAAGAAAAACUCCUGGUUUGGAAUCAGUGGGUGCCAGCGCCGCUAUAUUGGAGUGAUGAUGCUGACUCUUACUCCCAGCAUUCUUGCUGAACUACAGCUUCGAGAACCAAGCUUUCCUGAUGUCCAACAUGGUGUGCUCAUCCAUAAAGUCAUCCUGGGUUCCCCUGCACACAGGGCUGGUCUACGACCCGGUGAUGUGAUCUUGGCCAUUGGGGAGCAGCUGGUACAAAAUGCUGAAGAUGUUUAUGAAGCUGUUCGAACCCAAUCCCAGCUGGCAGUGAGGAUCCGGCGGGGGCCAGAAACACUGACGUUAUAUGUGACUCCUGAGGUCACAGAAUGACUGGAUUAGCAAGAGUGUGAGGCUCUUGCUCGGAUUUCCUCUUGGACUUCCUAGCCUGUAUUCUGAGGGCACCUGGGCAGAGGAUUUAAUGAACCAGUGGGGGGCAGGUCCCUCCAAUCACCAGCACCAAUUCCUGGGCUCUGAAGAAUCGCAAGAACACUUUUUAUAUAAAAUAAAAUUAUACCUAGCAA